CCCGGCUUGGGCGCCGGAGGUUUCCGGUUCGCGGCCGCCGGCGGUGACGUCUCGUUGCCUCCCGAUCUGCUGCCGCCGCCGCCGCUCCCUAGUCAAGCUGCAGGCCUGUGGAAAUCCAAUCAAGCUAUACACGAGUGGAGCGCGCUUGGCCGUUUGGUGCAAAAAGACGCGGUAGCCUAACCUACUAAAGUUCUCAUCCCUGCCUCAUCUUGCCAGAGAACUCAAACUCCAGGAAGGCUUUCUGCCAGGCCCCGAAGUUGUACUUUCAUGCACCACAGGGAACCAUUAGCCAGCGUGUGCAAGUGGGUACGUGCCCUCCCUUGCAAAAGCCAGUCUGAUCUGCUUUAAAUUUUCCCCACCGCCAAGGGCUACUUUUUUUUUUUUCCCAUGAAUAGUCAAGUUUUGUUAACCGGCAGAAGGUAUUGCAGAGCCGUGGGUUUGGAUACCCGAAAUUCAGGACCUAGAGCUCCUUAGAGGGUUUUAAGCUAUCCAAAGCAUUAGCAACUUCUGGGUGAUUCCAGGGAUUAAAGAGGUCUGCAGGUUGCUAUGUUAAUAUUGCUUAUCUUUGGAGUAUUGCUUCAUGAAGUCCCACUGAGUGGCCAGGCCGAGGCUCCUUCUGAGGCUGACAAUGUGCCUGGCAAAGCCCUGUAUGACUACUCCAGCCUCCGCCUCCCAGAGGAGCACAUUCCCUUCUUCUUGCACAACAACAGGCACGUUGCCUCUGUGUGCAGGGAGGAUUCCCACUGUCCAUAUAAGAGACACUUAGAAAAUCUAAACUACUGCUGGGGUUAUGAGAAAUCCUGCACACCAGAGUUUAGAUUCGGUUCCCCCGUUUGCAGCUAUGUCGACUUGGGAUGGACAGACACUCUGGAGUCAGCCCAGGACAUGUUCUGGAAACAGGCUGACUUUGGAUAUGCACGAGAGCGACUGGAGGAGAUACGAAUGUUCUGCCAGCCAGAGAGAACAAGCGACUCAAGUCUGGCUUGCUCUCGUUACCUUCAGUAUUGUAGAGCUACUGGUCUAUACCUGGACUUAAGAAACAUCAAGAGAAACCAAGACAGAUUCAAGGAAGAUUUUCUUCAGGGUGGUGAAAUUGGAGGAUACUGUAAACUUGACAGUCACGCACUGGUGUCUGAAGGUCAGCGCAAAAGCCCUCUGCAGUCUUGGUUUGCUGAGCUACAAGGCUACACUCAGCUCAAUUUCAGGCCUAUAGAAGAUGCUAAAUGUGACGUCGUUGUUGAAAAACCAACAUAUUUCAUGAAAUUAGAUGCAGGUAUUAACAUGUACCACCACUUUUGUGAUUUCCUGAAUCUCUACCUCACUCAGCACGUUAACAAUUCUUUCAGUACCGAUGUGUACAUUGUGAUGUGGGACACUAGCUCUUAUGGAUACGGUGACCUCUUCUCCGAUACCUGGAAAGUGUUUACUGACUAUGAUGUCAUACAUUUGAAAACCUACGAUUCCAAAAAGGUGUGUUUUAAAGAAGCCGUGUUUUCCUUGCUGCCCCGCAUGCGGUACGGGCUGUUCUAUAACACUCCUCUGAUCUCUGGCUGUCAGAAUACUGGAUUAUUCAGGGCCUUCUCCCAGCAUGUGCUGCAUAGGCUGAAUAUCACUCAAGAGGGACCCAAGGAUGGCAAAGUUCGAGUUACCAUUCUUGCACGCAGCACAGAAUACCGGAAAAUCCUAAACCAAAAUGAGCUGGUAAAUGCACUGAAAACAGUAUCCACGUUUGAAGUUCGGGUGGUUGAUUACAAAUACAGAGAACUCGGGUUUCUAGAUCAGCUCAGGAUCACGCACAACACGGACAUAUUUAUUGGCAUGCACGGAGCUGGCCUUACCCACUUACUCUUCCUUCCCGACUGGGCUGCUGUGUUCGAGCUGUACAACUGUGAAGAUGAGCGCUGUUAUUUAGACCUGGCCAGGCUCAGAGGCGUCCACUACAUCACCUGGCAGAAGCCCAGCAAAGUGUUUCCUCAAGAUAAGGGGCAUCAUCCAACUCUGGGGGAACACCCGAAGUUUACCAACUACUCUUUUGAUGUAGAAGAAUUCAUGUACCUCGUCCUUCAGGCUGCAGAACAUGUACUGCAGCACCCGCAGUGGCCAUUUAAGAAGAACCACGAUGAACUAUAGAAUGUGGAGUUUGUUUACAAGAGGGUGUAGAAACACUCUCACAUACAGAAUUCUCACAUUCGCUCUCACAAUCAGAGGAGCAAAACAACCUGUCAUAUCCUACUGUAAGAUGACACAUGACUUUCUACUUCUGAAUAUAGCUCAGGCUGGCCUUGAACUAAUGGUCCUUUAUCUUGAGCCAACUGAGCGCUCACCUUCCAGGUAUGCCCCACCAUGCCUGUCUACAGAAUUACUUUUUAUAUGAAAGCACACCUUCAGGAGACUUUAGGUCUUCCACGUGGUUAUUGUGUCUUUGCUAUUUAUCAAAAGUAUAUAUGUAUUUUUUUUGCACUGAAAAAUGUUACUUUCAUAGUUCAAAGUUGGGCAUAUACCCAUUGGUGCGGCAGAGCUUUCCUGUUGGGAUACCAAAGUUGUCAACUUCGGCGGCUUCAGGAUGGAUAUGUGUGUUUGUUAACUGUAAUGUGAUUGUAAUUCCAGAGUGUCACAGCUUCUUGUUUAUCUACUUGGAUAAACUCAGAACUGUUGUUAUUUGCCAUUGUAUGUUCUUAAAUAUGGUUGUAGGGCCUGGGGACAUGGCUUAGUGUAGAAUGCUGGCCUUGCAUGCAUGGGCCUCUGGGUUUAAUCCCCAGCAACACACACACACACACACACACACACACACACACACACACACACACACACACCUAAGUCUGUGAUUCUCAGGACAAAGCUAUAAGAGUGUGUUACAGACCAGUGAUUAGUCAACUCCAGGUUCCGUGCGUCAAGAGCCUGAAAAAGAUCAUGCUGUUGUAUUUAUUAGUUUAUGUUUCUAUAUCUCAUUUCGAUCAUGGUCUUCCCAAAUGUAACGGCGGUAUUGAUAAGAACCCAUUCCGCAGUCCCAUCUCCACUGACCCUGCAGGCAUGGAGAACAUUCAUGCUGACUUGGCAUGAAGUCUUAGUUUCCAUCUGACAAGUGUUUGUGAGCACACACAGCUGUGUGUAUCUACCUCUGGCAGCAUGGAAGUAACCCUGGUCUUUGUAAAACACUGCCAAGUAGCCACUGAAGAGAAGACACUUGCCCUGUUUAUUUGUUUUUGUUUUUGUUUUUAAAGUAAGACUUAAAAACACAGUAGAUCUGUGAAUUAUCCAAUCAAAACAAAAGCCCCAAGAAAGCGGCCCUGGGCAAACAGGGUGCCUAACAGCAGGCUUCCUCUGGACUGGCUUUAUUUCUUACUGUGGAGCAUAUAGCUCAGCAGUCAGAAACCAUGGGUUUGUUCUAUUAUACAGUGUGACGCUUGCGUCUUAUUAACAUUUGAGGUGUCUCAUUUAGAAGCUACUUUUAAGUUUUACAAUGCACUUAGCAAAUCGCAGCCAAGGACUUCAUUUUUAAAUUCAGAGAA